CAAACUUUUUUCGUAAAUACUACCUAAAAUUAAGUAGUUCAAAGUACGUAGUAUGACAUUACACAUAUGAAAUCUUUCUUUGAACGGGGUAUUAGCAGACGAAGACGGGGCUUGCUGCCGGGCAUUUUAGGUUACCCUAUACCACAGUUGCCCAUUUACGCACCAUAAGUGUUACGUAAUCCUUGACUAAAGUUGUCAACCGCAUGCUAAAUAAAGCAACCACUAAAGUUAUUACAAUCCGUGUAUACUGAAUGAAGUAAUGAUCACUAAAGUUAUCAACCUUAUCGUAACUACGUGCAUUAAUGAUCCAACCACACCCACGUACCCAUACUUCUGUUUACUUUCGCAUAUCUACAGGCAAUAACUAAGCCGACUAUAGUUGUACGUCACAGGGACCUGUUUUGUAAUUUCCACAUGUUUACUGGGCAGCUGUAGAGAUGGCACACUUACAGAUGAAAAUAUUGCGGAAGAAACUUCAGAAGAGAAAUGAAAAAAUAAGAAAACGGAAUUUUGCUCGUAAAGUUAUAAUAGAAGAUGAUGAUAAAUGUGAAGAUGUUUGCAAAGUAUUUCAAGGUGAGGGAACAGGUGAUGCUGCAUAUGAUGAAAUGCCCAAUGCAACAGUGCAGGCCAUUAAUGAUGGGCAACAGAAUAAAAAGAUUCAUACUGAAGCUGAUGAAGUGGCUGAGCCCCUGAUGUCUGAAAAGAUUAAGAAGAAGAAGAAAAGAAAGUUAAUAAGUGGUGCAGAACAAACUGAAACAAAAAAGUCCAAACUUGAGCACAAGGGUGAAGAGUUAGAAGGUGCAGAAGAUCACAAUUGUUCGGAGACGAGUGUGAGUGAAUGCCCAUCUGAAGAUGAGAAUGAAGAACCUACAUUACCAUCUGGUUUGACAGGGGCUUUUGAAGACACCUCGUUUGCUUCACUUAAAGACCUAGUCAGUGAACAUACCUUAAAAGGAAUUGCUGAAAUGGGCUUUACUAACAUGACAGAAGUUCAACAUAGAAGUAUAAGACCACUACUUGAGGGCAGGGAUGUCCUUGCAGCUGCUCGAACAGGUAGUGGUAAAACAUUGGCAUUCCUCAUUCCAGCAAUAGAACUUAUUUACAAGUUGAAAUUUAUGCCAAGGAAUGGAACUGGUGUUCUCAUUCUUUCUCCUACCCGAGAAUUGGCCAUGCAAACAUACGGUGUCAUGAAAGAAUUAAUGACGCAUCAUGUUCAUACUUAUGGUCUCAUAAUGGGAGGUAGUAAUAGGUCAGCAGAGGCACAGAAACUUGCCAAUGGAAUCAACAUUUUAGUUGCAACCCCUGGAAGAUUGUUGGAUCACAUGCAGAAUACCCCCGGAUUUAUGUACAAAAAUCUUCAGUGUCUUGUAAUUGAUGAAGCAGAUCGAAUUCUGGAAGUUGGAUUUGAAGAGGAAAUGAAGCAGAUUAUUAAACUCCUUCCUAAACGAAGACAGACUAUGCUUUUUUCUGCCACGCAAACACGCAAGGUAGAGGACCUGGCCAAGAUCUCUCUCAAAAAAGAACCAUUAUAUGUUGGUGUGGAUGAUAACAAAGAUACAGCAACUGUAGAUGGACUUGAGCAGGGUUAUGUGGUAUGUCCUUCUGAAAAGAGAUUCCUCUUGCUGUUCACCUUCUUGAAAAAGAAUCGAAAGAAGAAGCUGAUGGUAUUUUUUUCGUCCUGUAUGGCAGUGAAAUACUAUUACGAAUUGCUAAAUUACAUAGACUUGCCUGUUUUGGCAAUCCACGGUAAGCAGAAGCAAACCAAACGCACCACCACAUUUUUCCAGUUUUGUAAUGCAGAUUCUGGAAUACUUCUGUGCACUGAUGUGGCUGCAAGAGGUUUGGAUAUUCCUGAAGUUGACUGGAUUGUCCAGUAUGACCCUCCGGAUGAUCCCAAGGAAUAUAUUCAUCGUGUUGGAAGGACAGCCAGAGGUAUAAAUGGUAGAGGGCAUGCCUUACUUAUAUUACGGGCUGAAGAACUUGGCUUCCUUAGGUACCUCAAGCAAGCUAAGGUGCCAUUGAAUGAGUUUGAGUUUUCCUGGAGUAAAAUAUCUGAUAUUCAGUCACAGUUUGAGAAGUUGAUUGAAAAGAAUUACUACUUACACAAAUCUGCACAGGAGGCCUACAAAGCUUAUAUCCGUGCUUAUGACUCCCACUCGCUGAAGGAUAUCUACAACGUUAAUACGUUGGAUUUGCCAAAAGUUGCUCUUUCAUUUGGCUUCAGGGUACCACCAUAUGUUGAUCUCAAUGUAAAUAGCAGCAAAGGGAGAAAAUUGCAAAAGAGAGGAGGUGGUGGUGGAUUUGGGUAUCAAAAGCAUAAGAACGUUUACAAAGCAAAAAUCUUCAAACACAUCAGCAAAAAUAAGGCGGACAAUAGACAGUUCUCUCGUUAACGUGCUGGCUUCCUUACAUGGUAGCUAAGGGGAAUGGACUAACUUUUUUUUGAGAAGAGUUUUUAUCGGACUUCUGAUCAGUGUUUGGCGGCCCAUUUUUGUGCCUUUUAUGUAUGCAUCAUAUAGAACUACAGCAGUUUUAAUUGGUCAGUGUACUCUAGCCCAAAUUUCUUAAACCCUGACUUUCUGAAGCUGUAGCAGCCCCUUGUAACGAAGCUAUCCAAGAGUCACUCCUGAUGUUGAUUCAGUUAACACUGUUGGAUUCCAAUGCUUGAUGUAUGUAACUGCCCUUUUGUAGUUACCUCAUUUUAUGCGUCAGUUGUUCCAUGUACAGCCAGUUUAACUGUGUAUUUGAUGUACAUGGAGAGACUUGACUCAGAAACUGAGUACAUUCCCGUUGUUGUACGAGGUCUUUAAAUUCCAAAUGAAGGUGCAUCAGAACUACGUAGUGCUAUCAGCCUAAUGUCUCAUUUGAACAGCAGGUAGCUCAGUAAUAUUCUCUGUAACAAGAACCUACAAUCCACUGAUUGUUUUCCAGAAAUAAAUUUGGAAGAUGUUAAGAA